CAGGCAGCUCCAGCAUAGAGGAGCGUGGGAGACUCGCAGUGGUUGUGGCUCUCGGUCUAAAGUGACAGUCGGGGGUCCCCCUCUGCUCCUUCUGCCGGGGUAGCGGGAGACUUUCUAACAUCACUAGUCUUGGAGCGGUAGGUGGUACCUGGCCGGCCCAGGAGUCGGCCCCGCCGAGGCUGGGCUGCGGAUAGGAGCCUUGGGCUCAGAUCUGUCUCGAAGUCAGUGUGGCACUUGAGGAAGGCACUCCCUGCCCCUGAGAUGGCGUCCACGCUUCCGACAACGGGGGCCCAGGGGCCAGUGCUGUUUGAGGAUCUGGCUGUGUAUUUUUCUCAAGAGGAGUAUGUGAGUCUGCACCCUGCCCAGAGGUCCCUCAGCAGAGACACUACCCAGGAGUGUUUCAAGGAUAUGGUCUUGAUGGGAGGGGAAGGCAAGACUGAGGCUUCUCAACAGCUGAAUCUAGAGUCUACGGGAUUUGAAGAACUUGCUGCAGAAAAUUCCUCCAUCCCUGUGCCCCUUGUCUAUUACCCAGAAAAAUCUGAGCCUGGAGUUGGAGACCCAGAAAGGAAAGUAUCAGGUGGAGCUCCUGCUUGCAAGAAAAGGCUCAUAAGCCUAUUAGUUACCAUUGAAAACCAAACCCCAUUACUAGAACUAUCUCAGUGUUUAGGAACCAGAGCACUUUCUGAAAUUCUUGAAUUUCCCGGGGAAGAAGCCAAAAAUUUGUACAAGUGUCCUGAAUGUGAUGAAAGCUUCAGUGAUAACUCAUACCUUGUUUUGCAUCAGAAAACUCAUUCAGGGGACAAAAGGUAUAAAUGUGGUGACUGUGGGAAGAUUUUCAAUCAUAGAGCCAAUCUGAGGACACACAGGAGGAUCCAUACUGGUGAGAAGCCUUAUAAGUGUGCUGAGUGUGGCAGCAGCUUCCGCCAGCACUCACAUCUGUCUCGGCACAGGAAUAUCCACGUAAAGGAGAAGCCCCACACACGUGGCAUAUGUGGGAGAGGUUUUACAUGGCUCCCAGGAUUGUCACAGCACCAGAAAAUCCACACUGCUAAAAAAGCUUAUGAAUGUAUCAACUGCGGUAAAUAUUUUGGUCAGAACACAAAUCUGGGUUUGCGUGAGAAAACGCACAUGUCAGCCGCCCAGUACCGUGUGAAGUGUUUCGGGCAGCCCUCACACCUUUUCCUCCCCGAGCAGGGUCAUGAGGAUGACUCUGAACACUGCAGUGACUGUGGGGAGAAUCUGCUUUUGUUCUCAAAAUUCAAACCCUUAAAAUGUCCUGAGUGUGCGAAGACCUUCCUUCGUGUUUCCGAGCUCAUUUCCCAUCAGAGCAUUCAUAGAGGGGAAAAGCCCCAUAAAUGCAAAACAUGUGCAAAAAGUUUUAUUCUGGACUCAGAGCUUGCAUGCCACCAGAAGAGCCACACGGGAGAGGAACCUUUUAAAUGUAGCACAUGUGGGAAAGGUUUCAGGUUGUAUAUGCAUCUCACUGUUCAUCAGCAAACCCAUAGGAAAACCACCACGUAAAUCUAGCGAGUUUUCAUUAAUGCUGUGCUUCCUAGUAUCUGGACU